AUGAGCAGCUCCUCCAGUGGUCCGAUCGGAGCGGCGCCGCCGCCUCCCGGGGAGACGCCCGACUUUGCGAACCCGCGAGACAUCUUUCACACGCUGCAUACCGUCUACAUGGCCAUCAUCCAGGUCGUUGUCGUCGUGUUCUUUGCGAUACGGGUGUAUGUGAAGCUGUCCGCCCAUGGAAGGUUUAGACUGGAGGACUGGAGCUGUCUGCUUGGAUGGUUCUUUACUGUGUUGCUCAACGGUACCGUGUUCUUCAAGCUUCGGCACGGAGAAGGAUAUCACAUUUGGGAGAUCACCGAGGCCAACUUCCUAGAGCUGCAAAAGUGGCUCUACAUCAGCUCUCUCCUGUACACCCCGGCCGCCUUCUUCACCAAGGUGGCCAUCCUGCUCUUGGUUGUGCGAGUCUUCUCCGUCGACCUGUUCGUCGCCCGGACACUGCACGCUCUGCUGGUCUUCUUCCUCAUUUGCUACUUCCCGGCCCAAGUCGCCAAGACACUGGUCUGCAUCCCCAUCAACGCCUUCUGGGAUCCCACAAUACGGAAUUUCAAGUGCAUCAACCAGACAAAGCUGUUCAUAUACGACACCACGCUGGGCAUCGUAUCCGAUCUCGCCAUUCUGCUGAUCCCCGUGAUCCUGACGUGGACCCUGCGUGUUUCUUUGCUGAAAAAGGUCAAAAUCGUAGGGCUGUUGGGAGCUGGCGGCGUCGCGGUAGGCAUCACCGCCUAUCGGAUGUACCUCGUGCUCAAGUUCGAAGACACGACAGAUCCAACCGUCGACUUUGUCCCGCUCGACUGGACCGUCACCGGAGAGCUCGCCAUCGGGCUGAUAUGCGCGUGCUUUCCCUCCAUCAACUACCUCCUCGAGCAACGGUCCCUCCGUAGGAUAUCGCCCAACACACCGCGGUCGACGUCGUCGUCGUGGAGGAACACUUCGAAAAAGUACAUUGACACGUUUUCGUCUUGCUGCUCAAGGUUCACGGGCGGGAGCACGCGGAACAGGACGUGGCUGCGGAGCACCAACGCCACGAGCAGGGACAGGCUGGCCUCUACGCCGAACUGGACACCGAACAUGAGCCCGGAGACGGAGAGAAGCGAGCCGCGGCGAGAGGACUACGACAUUGAGCUUGCGGUGCUCUCACGGCGACCGACGCACAACUUUGAUUCGCCGGGCCCGUCAAGGGGUCCGGAGGGCGGUGAUGAGGGCUGGCUGGGUCCGCUGCCGAUGUUGAGGCCGUUGCCGGAUGUUGGGCGGGAGUGCCCAACAUAG